AUUAAACAUGGGUAUCUGUAGAUCUGAACCUUUGCCAGGAGGUUUUUAAUAAUAAGAGGGAAAGCCUGAAGAUGUUAAAUCAGGUCUAGAAGAAAAUCCACAAUAAAAUUAAAACCAACAAUAAAAUGAAAACCUACAAAAAAAUGAAAAUAAUGAAAAUGAAGCAGCAGUCAAAAUUUAAAGUAGUAUUAGAGGAAAGAAAGCAAAAUAAGAGUUAUAAAAAAAAAAAGAGGAACUGGAGUCAGACAAACCUAAAGAUUGGAUAGAAUAUUAAUAGUAAUUUAUAGAGCCUCCUUUGCCUACUCAAUUUAAAGAUUUAGUCAAUUAUAAACCAACAAAUGAAAAUCGAAUCCUUCCUCCUUACUUAGGACCAGAUGGAAGUGUUUACAAUGGAUAAUGGAAUAAAGGAGAAGCAAAUGGAUUUGGAUAAAUGUUAAAACCUGAUGGAACAUAUCUAAAAGGAUUGUGGAAAUAUAAUAUCUUUUCAGAAGGAGGCAUUCUUUAUCCAAAUGGAGAUUUUUUUGUAAAUCUUAUUUUCAUAAUUUUUUAAGAUUGGAAAUUCAAAAUAUGGUCAAAGAUUCUUUGCAAAUGGUGUAAUUUAUAAAGGAGAAGCUGAUUAUGGUAUUCCUCAUGGAUAAGGUGAAGAAACACAUCCAAAUGGUAACAAAAAUCCAGCAAUUUAUAGAUAUGGAUAAAAAGUGGAAUAAGAGAUUAGUCAACAGAAUCAAUGA